UCCUCUGAUUAUCCUGCAAUUUUUCCAGACAGAGAAGGAAAGUACAUUUCCCUGCCAGAAUUGUUUCUUAGGAAUUAAAAUAACUGCAACAUCUACUGGGUUAUUCUUUUAUAUUAUUACAUAUAUGAAUAAGAACAUGCGUAUAAGUGUAUAUCUGGGUUAUAUGGGAGAUGGUGAAUUUAAGUGGCAAUCAAAUACUUACCUCUCCCUAACCUUCUUCCAUUUGCUUAACAUUAAACUGUCAUGUAUCAUUGGAACUUGGGCUGUUAGAGGCACGUUAUGAUAGAAGUGCCUGAGGGGGAGCUGUGUUCUGCAUCUGGUAUCCUGGGAAAAAAUCUCCAAUAAAUCAGUCUCCUCUGAACUGGGAUGUAACAAUAAGGAGGAAAAAUGUAAGUUUUGCCCUCUACUAAAAUUCAUAAACUUUACAGGUUAUGGGUCUAAAAAUAAUAUGAGGAAGCAGACUGGACCUCUAAUAACCUGGCAGAAAUGAGCAAAGCACAGGGUGAAAGAAACCAGAAAUCCUGCUCACUAGUACAAUGAAUAGUUGAGGUGGGGGGAAAAAAAUCAAACAUGUUCUGUCUACCCACCCUUGCCUGAGUUUGAACUCUGUCAUUCAUGAAUCAUGCAUGCAAAGUGGUGCUGGGAUGCCAGGCAGGAAGAGCGCUGUACUGUGAGCCAGGCUCUCAGGAAUGUGUAGCCUCUCUCUGCCACUGGCCUCAGCUGACCUUGGGCUUUAGACUCCCAGUGCCUCAGUUUCCCCAUCUACACAGUAAGUUCUGUUCUUCAUAAAGGGCUACUAGCAGGGAGGAUCAGAGGAGCUGUAUACACUUAGGUAAAUAUGGUUUUGCUGGUUUAUUUUCUCUAGAAAUACAAUAUGAGAAGGAAAAGGCAUCCAAAAUUUGCAGAGGACAGAGGUAAGGCAGGCUGGGGCAGCCAGGCAAGAACUUUCCCAUCAGAUUUUGGAAAGCAACUUAUCUGUGAAACAGCUUGAGACUCAGCCAAGCCCCAGACCUGAGAGCAGCCAGUGGGCAAGUACAGAGGUGGAGCUUGCACUGAGGCUGUUUGCUAGAUAUAAAAUGCUUGGAUGGGUCAGUACUGACCACAGCUCUCAGGAAGUGGCUGAGGGGAGCUGUGCAGAGAGCGACACUAGCAAUGGAGACAGCAGCCCCAGCUCUUUUGGUACUACUCAGCCUAAGAGUGACUAUUUGUGAUACUGAGGACACCUGCUCAGAGGUGAGAAUAGUGGGACUGGGUGAUGCUGACCGCCUCGCCAUUCUUCAAGGAUGUCCAGGGAUCCCAGGUGUCUCUGGCCCAAAAGGAGAAGCAGGUCUCCCAGGAACAAAAGGAGAAAUGGGAGACCAGGGAUUCCCCGGGAAAGCAGGACCACCUGGUGCAAAAGGAGCAGCUGGAGAGCCUGGCUUCCCAGGACUGAAAGGAACAAAAGGAGAGCCUGGAUUUCCAGAAAUAUAUAAACCGGGGAACUGCCAAGAACUGUUGGCCAAAGGGAAGAUUUUGAGUGGCUGGUACACAAUCUACCCCCAAGACUGCAAUGCCACCACUGUCUUCUGCGACAUGGACACAGAUGGUGGGGGAUGGAUUGUUUUUCAGAGGCGCUGGGAUGGGUCAGUGAACUUCUUGCGAGAUUGGGAUUCAUACAAACGAGGCUUUGGCAACCAGCUGACGGAGUUCUGGAUGGGGAAUGACAACAUCCACUUCCUCACCUCUCUGGGGCCCUGUGAACUCCGUGUUGAUCUGAGAGACUUUGAGAACAACUGCUAUUUUGCCAAGUAUGCUUCAUUCAGAGUGUUAGGAGAGUCAGAGAAAUACAGACUGGUUCUAGGAGACUUCCUUGGUGGAAACGCUGGAGACUCUUUAUCGUACCACAGGGAUAUGCCAUUUUCAACAACAGAUCAGGACAAUGACAUGAGUUCCUUUAACUGUGCCACAGAAUACAAAGGAGCGUGGUGGUACAAUGACUGCCAUUACUCCAACCUGAAUGGGAUGUACUGGAUGGGUGUGCAUGGGAGCUACGCUGAUGGCAUCAAUUGGAAGACAGGCAAAGAAUACCACUACUCCUAUAAGCAAACGGAAUUGAAGUUCAGGCCAGUUUAACAUGGUGACAGGGUGCCUGACUAGAUCCAAGAGGUGCCACUCACCCACCAACAGAAGACGCAAAACAAUAUUGUCUGGGGAUAAAAAUGCACCAGAAAGGACAUUACAGGUUGUGCCUUCUGCCUAGGGCAGGAUUUUUGAAGCCAGAAGAUAUUGGUGCUGGUUUGAGCUCCUGUAAGAACCAGACCCUGACCCUCUCUCACCCCGACUACCUUCAGCAGCCCCACUAAUGCAGACUGAGCCCAAGCACCAUUUUCUGAAAAGUGCAUUACCUUGAUUUAAAGACCAGGUGAUGGGUGGGGCCAGCGUACCUCAGUAAAGCUCUCUGAUAUUAUUACCCUACCGUAUAAUCCAUGUAUAUGAAGACUCCAAUAUGCAUGCAGCCUCUUUCUGUUAGACCCAAGAGCCACACCCGAAAGGCACUGAAUUCCUGAUCUGUCCCACCCUCCCUGCAGGCUGGGAUGGAGCCACAACAUAGAACAGCAUGGAAAAGACUGAGCUUCUAGUACAGCACUGUCAGCACUACCAGUUUCCCCUUUCCUUCCCCACGUGUUCCAAGACCUCAGGUGAGAUCCCAGCUCCUGGAACCACAGCAGAGUUGCUCAGCACUUCCCACCAGGACACAGCUUCAGCUGGGCUCAGAGCCAGCUUUGGCCAUUCUUCCAGAGCAUGUUUCUAGAUCUCAUUAGCUGCUGUGGACCAAGAGCUGUAUGCAAAAUAGUCUGUUCAGCAGCAUGUGUGGUACCAAGACACUACAGCAGUUACAAGUCAAGUGUGUGGUCAUCGUGUACAGUGCCAGCACCUUCCACUUCAUCUUGUUUCCAGUAGCGUUUGAGGGUGGGCUAUCUGCUUGGGGGUGGACACAAUUCAUCCUGUUCAUGUAUUGUAUUUGACUAUUAGGAGAACUAGGUCUCUUCUUCCUGAUAUAAAAUUUCGAUAGCCAAACUCAA